AUGUUUGAAUCCUUGGUUGCCAACCUAUUGAAUAGGUUUUUGGGCUCAUACCUCGAGAAUUUUGAUCCAAAACAACUAAAUAUUGGAAUAUGGGGUGGUGAUGUCAAAUUGACUGAUCUUCGCUUGAAGAAGGAGAGUCUCGAUAAGUUUAAAUUGCCAAUUGAUGUUAAAUUUGGUCACCUCGGAGUAUUGACUUUGCAAAUUCCAUGGUCGAACUUGAAGGGAAAACCAGUGCAAAUUGUUAUUGAAGAUUUGUAUUUGCUUGCCUCCCCAAUUGUUCUUAGUGACUACAACGAAGAGGAAGAGCAGAAAAGGCAGCAAGCAGUUAAAGAGAGCAAAUUGAAAGAAGUAGAGGAAAUUUUGGAAGCUAAAUCAGAAGAUCUUGGAAAGGACUUGGCAAAUGAAACAUUUGCAGAGUCUUUAGUAACAAAGAUUAUCGAUAACUUACAAGUUACCAUAAAGAAUAUUCAUAUUAGAUAUGAAGAUGAAUCGGUCUUAACUGAACAGCCAUACACAUUUGGAGCCUCUUUGAAAGAGUUAUCGGCCGUAUCUACGAAUGAGGAUUGGGAACCUUCAUUCAUUUCAAUCACGCAAGCAUUUACGAGAAAGCUUUUAAAGUUGAAUAGUCUCUCUCUUUACAUGGAUACACAAACCCCAGAGCUUUUUUCACAUUCGAGCAGAGAACAAAUAUUGAAUGAUUUCAAGCUGCUUGAGCCAAGUGAAGAAUAUCUUUUAAAACCAGUUACCGGUUCUGGUAAAGUCACCAUUCACAAGUCUGGAACAACCAACACAGUUCCUCAUAUAGAAUCACACUUGGCUUUUGAGGAAUUUGGAGUUGAACUAAAUUCCAAACAGUACAAUGACAUUUUGUCCACGGCAUCCCAGUUCCAGUGGAUUACAAAGACUGCAAAAUUUAGGAAAUUCAGACCAAAAACUUCACCGAGCGAAGAUCCCAAAGAAUGGUUCAGAUAUGCAGCAAAAUGCGUGCUUAAUGAAAUACACGAAAAAAAUUACAAAUGGAGUUGGGAUUACAUCAAGAAACGUCGCGAUCAGAGAAUUUCAUAUAUUAAACUUUGGAAACUCAAAUUACUAAGAACUAUAUCAGAGCUGGAUCUCAAAGAAUUGAAGCAACUUGAGUGGGAUUUACCCUUGGCAGAUAUCAAAUUAUACCGUGCAUUGGCAAGAACAGAGCUUCGAAAAGAAAACAAGACUGCUAGAUUAUAUGAUACUGAAACUUCAAAGAAAGAAGAGCAAAGUAAAGGGUGGUUUGGAGGAUGGUGGGGAGGAGGUGCGAACAGAAAUAAUAAUAAUAAUAACAACAACAAUAGCAGUUACAGGGGAAAUCAGGAGACAGAGAAGGAAAAAGAACAAACAUAUAAUGCCGAUGGAGAGCAUACAGAUUUGCUGCUCACCGAAGAUCAAAAGAAGGCACUCUAUGACACCAUUGAUUACGACGAGAAUGCGACGACCGCAACAAUUGAAUUGCCAGACAAUUAUGUCACAAUGAAAGUAAACGCUUCGCUUAAGAAAGGUGGGUUCGUUUUAAAAGAAAGCAAUGGCGCAAAUUUGGCGGAAGUGAUUUUCGAAGGUUGUAGCACACAAUAUCUUCAAAGACCAAAUUCAUUUGUAGCCGGUUUCCAAAUGCAAGAGUUUAGAAUCGAGGAUGGAACGAACAUGAGCAUUUAUAAGCAUGUAGUGAGUGUGAAAGAAGCUACUGGAGAUGACACUAAUGCAACCAAAACUCCAUUUUUUCAAGUAAUGUUUGAGCAAAAUCCACUUGACCACAAAGCAGACUCGAGUCUUUCAGCGCAGUUAAAAUCAAUGACCAUUUUCUACAGUCCCAAAUUUGUCGAGAAAGUAAUCAGUUUCUUUUCUCCACCAACCACACAUUUUGAUACUGUGGGUGCCAUCAUGAAUGCAGCAGAAGAGUCCAUUGAAAGUAUUACAGCAAACACGAGAAUGGGAUUGGAAUAUGCGAUUGACGAGCACAAGACAAUUAAUUUGAUGAUGGAUCUUCAGGCACCACUUCUAAUAAUGCCCUUAGAUCCCGCAAGUUUCAAGUCACCUGUUGCGAUUUUGGAUGCCGGUCACGUUAGCAUUGUGAGCAAUUUUGCAGAAAGAUCAAAGAUUCAGGAAUAUAAAGAUAAACUGUCUUAUACUGCGGCGGACUGGAAGGAAGUUGGCAAUCUACUUUAUGAUAGGUUUGAUCUUCAUCUUAGUGACAUUGAAUUUUAUGUGGGACACACAAUAAAAUCCACAAUGGAGCAAUUGUAUGCGACAGAGGACGCACGCCCAGCAAGAGUUUUAACUAAUUUGAAUUUGAAUUUGGGUCUAGGUGUUUCUAUCUUGCCAGAUGCAUUAAACCUUGCAAAGUUUAAACUUGAGGGUAAUAUCCCCAAAUUAGCAGUCAACUUGAAUGACUUCCAAUACAAAACUUUGAUGCAAAUUGUCGAUAAAGCAAUACCUCAAAGUGUUGCAAGUGAUGCUGAUAAAGAAAGUGUUUUCAAAGCCUAUGGUGGCGAGCAGGAUGAAAAAGAAUUUGAAUUUGAGAAAAUUCACAACGGUAACAAUCGAAAAGAUGUCACCACAAAUGCAGAUCAAAAAGUAUUUGAGUCAAAUCUUUCCAUAGACACAAUUGUACUAUCGCUUAGGAGAUGCAUCAGCGGGAAAGGCAUGAAUGACGAGCCACUUAUUGAGAUAUUGGGUGAUUCAUUGGAAAUUUCUCUUUCUCAAACUGAUCUGGAAAUGCUCAUUAAUUUAAGUCUUUUGGACUUUACUGUUUUUGACAAAGUUCAAAAAUCUAAAAUUGCAGAAUUUGAAAAAAUGAUGUCCUCCAGUAUUGAAAAAGAAAAAGGACAAAAAUUGCUUUCAAUGAAAUUGGCACGUAAACGUCGAACUGUGCUUUUAAAAGGUGAGAAUGUUGACGUUUUUGAUCAAGAUAUUGACAUGCAAAUAGCUACUGUGAAGGUUGUUGUUACACGAAUGACACUUUUGGACGUGUUGACAUUCUCGAUGAACACUUUUGCUGAUCCUAAUGCACCUCCUGUUCCUGCAGAUGAAUUGAUUCACAAUAGUGAAGAGGACGACGCAGCAGCACCUCAAAAAUUAAACUUGAGCAUCAAGUUGGAGAGUAUUGUUGUAAUUUUCAAUGACGAUGGCUUCAAAUUGGCAACAGCAACUUUAGAGACCGCACAGAUUAAUAUGAACAUUUUACCGGAGUCAAUGGAUAUCGAAGGACGCUUGGGCUCCAUAACGGUGCUUGAUAACAUGUCUAGUUUGCAGGCUAAUGAUUUGCAAGAACAAAAAUUGAUUCAUAUGAACGGUGAUAAUUUAGCUGAACUUUCAUAUAAAACGUAUGAUGUACAUGUCGAAGACCGACCUUCGGAAUUGGUAUUCAAAACCGGUGCAUUAACAAUAAACUUUGUGGAAAGCUCAUUCAAUAGACUUGUCGAAUAUUUUGACCAAUUUUUGAAAAUGAAGGCCAUCUACGAUGGCGCACGUAUGGCAGCGUUGAAUGAAGAUACUCAAUUACCGGUGAAAUUAAAGUUUGAUAUUUUGAUAAAGGCACCAACAGUGUAUUUCCCUGUGCAACAAGAUAACAGAUUUGUUGCAAAUUUUGGAGAGUUGUAUGCAAAGAACGAUUACAAAGGCGCGAAUAUGAAAAAUUGCAUCACCGCGGGUAUUCGCAAUGUGAGCUUUGCGUCCUACAUUAAAUUUUCCAAUGUGGUGCAAAACUUGAAUAUUGUCGAUAAUUUGGAUUUGACAUUUGACGUCGAAUGGACUGAGAAUUACAUCAAAGAUGUUCCGACAUUUGUGGUGCAGGGUAAGGUGCCAGAGUUGAAAGUUGAUUUGACAGAUAUGCAAAUUAGACUUUUGAAUGAAUUGUCAAAUUCAAUAACCUAUGCUUUCUCGGUGGAAACACAAGAAGAGAGCUUAGAAGAGGUGAAGGAAAGCGCAAAGUAUGCAAACAGAGCUUUGGAGGAGAAUACACAAAAGUCGAGUGCAAGGUCAGGAGGUAAACUAACUACUCAAAAAGAUGUGCAAGAUUUAGUCACUCAGCAAAGUGCUCAAAAAAACCCAGCUGUUGCUUCAAGUCUACUGGUUGACAAUGAAACUCCACCGCCCGAUCACAAAAUGGUGGAUCUAAGAUUCGAGGUUCCUCUUGUUGCUCUUACUUUGUAUCAAAAAACCGAGGACAAAACAAGUGUUGAGGAUUUAAAGUUGUCGCAAUUUUCUUUAAACAGAAUAGCCGUUGUUUUCCAGCAAAACCAGAACUCACAGUUUGAUGCUAACCUAAAGGUUGGAUCAUUUGUGGUGCAAGAUGUGCGAAAAUUCACAGACAGCAAGUUUGAUACAAUAAUCCCGGCUGCUGACGGAGUAAAAGAUCAGUUUGUUUUGACGGCAAAUUCUACUGGACUUUCAGAACUGAAGAAUAUUACCGUGAUUUUGAAUGUUGAAAAUCCAAAGGUGAUCUUGGCACUAGAUUACAUAUUUGAUCUCCAAUCUUUUAUUGAGAGCUCAACACAUUUAGAAGCUCCCAAAAAAUUGCCAAAUAAGCCAAGACGAUCUAUUGUCCUGCUUUCUCAACAAUCAACAACCAAAAUGCAACUGAUACUGAAACUGGAACUGAAACUGCAAGAAACACUAGAUGAUGAGAAUAAACAAAAAGGUGCUGCUGCUGCUGCUGCUGCUGCAUCCGCCACUACUAAUAUUUGGUUCUCUGUGAAUGUCAACCGACCAUCGAUUUAUCUUCUUGCUGAUGAUACAAGAAGUACAACAGAAGCCCUAGUGUUUAAAAUUGAACAACUUCUGGUUUCUAAGCAAAACGUUAUAUCCGUUGCUUCAAGCAAUAUUGGUUUAUAUCUCACCCGUAUGGAUGAUCCGAAAAACUCUCGUUAUAGACUUAUUGAUGACUUUUCAGUUUCAUUUGCUGCUGAUGACAAGGAUUCUACAGACACAGUUGUCUCCAAUAAUAUUCAAGCCUCAAUCGAACCGAUUGUUGUGAGGGUGUCUUUGCGAGACAUACGUUUGGGGCUUGCAAUUGUACAAAGAGCAAAUGAUAUGUUUGCCAAGUACCAGUCACCUGCUCGAGAUGGCGUAGAAUCUGCACAGGACACGUUGAAACGAAGACUUUCAAGCAUAAGCUCUACAUUUUCUGAGGAUGCAAAUAAUAAUGGAGAUGACGAAGACAACAAAAGCAUUACCAAUGCUUUUGUACAAACCGGUUCAUCAUCAGAUCUAAGUGAAACAAUGUAUGUAAGUUUUGGUGGAUUGCGGUUUGUGCUCAUUGGUGAUGUUUCUGAGUUGCCGGUUGUUGAUGUUAGCUUGAAAGCGUUUGAUUUGAGAGCUCUUAACUGGUCCACGGAUUUGAAUGCCGAGGUUCACUUGGAGACGCAUAUCAAUAUUUUCAAUUACGCUAAUUCAUGCUGGCAGCCUCUUUUAGAGCCGUGGCCGGUAGCUAUUUUAGCAUCCAGAGCACAAAAUGGAUCAAAUCCAAAACUAUUAGUUGAAGUUGUAUCGAGAAAACUUGCUGAAAUUACCGUAACUUCUCGAACUGUUGCUUUGCUUUCUCAAAUCCAGUCUCUUUUAAGCACUGAUGAAGAGUUGAAACCGCGCGGACAAGAUUAUCCAUUUGUGAUAUUUAACGAUACUGGAUAUGAUUUAAAAAUUUGGACAAGUGGUCAAAAGAAUGAUAGUGAAACUACGCUUGUCUAUGGAGAAAGCAAGCCCUGGGCUUUUGAAGAUUGGAGAACCAUUCGUGAGAAUUUGGAUGCAGAUAGCACAAGUGCUCUUGGUAUUUCAUUUUUGGGAAAGAAAACAAAUGCUUCUAGUACUUCCACCAACGCCACUUUGUCCUCGUCCGAACCUGCCCCUGCAUUUGAGCCAAUUGAGUCGUUACAUGUUGGAUGUGUUGGUGAGGAGAUUUAUGUUUUAGAUCCUCCAAUUGAUGACGUCCACAGUAGAUUAUUGGUAAAUAUAAAACUCCGCGAUGAUAACGUCAAGAUCAUUACACUAAGAUCGACGAUGUUGAUUGAAAAUGAUGCUGAUGUACCGAUAUCGAUCGAUAUUUUUGCUGACAAUAAAUCCACUCUUCAAAUUAAUUCGAAGGAGUCAAGAUCAGUGCCAAUAGAUUCAGUGUAUGAUGGAAAGCUCAGAGUGAAACCUGUUUUGCAUACUGAAUAUGGUUGGUCUAACGAAAUCAUUCAUUGGAGAGAUAUAAUGAAGCGGCAAUUGCCAUUGAAAUGCCCUCCAGUGUCCCAAAAUGAAACAAAUUAUUUUUUCCAAGGCGAAGCCAUAUUCGACAAAGACGAGCCAUUGGCUAAAGUCUAUCCGCACUUAAACUUGGUCAUUUCUGCACCAUUGGAAAUUGAAAAUUUAUUACCAUAUGAUUUCAAAUAUAGAUUGUACGACAAAAACUCAAGAAGAGAAUGGACUGGUCUGGUUAAAAAAGGUGUCAAGAGUUAUGUCCAUGUUGUUAGUUUGAAGAAUCUUUUACUUCUUAGUGUUGAGCCUGAUUUGCUGCCAGGAUUCGGAAGGUCAGAGUUUGCAAUCAUAAAUGGUCCAAAAGCUAGCGAGUUCUCUCGUGAACUGAGCUUGACGAUACAUGGAAAGAACAAUUUGAAACUCAAGAUCCAUUAUCCCAGAAAGCAUGCUGAUAGCACCAGUUUGAAAGUCACUAUUUACAGUCCUUAUGUCAUAUUGAAUAGGUCAAGUUUGGAUCUUGCAGUUAGUGACAGAGGCAAUGUUUUUGAAGUGCCAGGUAAAAAUAUCAAGGGCCAAGAACUUAUGCCAGUGAUGUUUUCUUUUGAUCGUGGUGACGAUAGAGGUAACAGAGCUAUGUUGAAAACUCGCGAGUCUUCUUGGUCACCUCCAAUAAGUUUUGAUGCCAUUGGCCAACUGAAUCAGUUAAAGUUACAAAAGCGUGGCGAGCAAACUGAAAUAAGUUUGGGAGUUACGAUUAUGGAAGGUGAAGGGAAAUAUAAUUUGACUAAAACAGUGACCAUUGCUCCUAGGUAUGUUUUCAUAAAUCGGAUUGCGAAUAGUUUGGUCAUUUCCGAAGAGGAUUCAGAGACAUCAUCAAUAGCUACAACUAACGAGCUAUUGCCCUUAUAUGGUUUCCGCUCCUCAAGCCAAACCAAUGUUGUUUUGAAAUUUGAAGAGAGCAGCAAAUGGACUCAGCCAUUUUGCAUCAAUGAUGUUGGCCAACUAUUUGUUAAGAUACAAGAUAAAAAUCUGAGACAAUCGCUUUUGAAAGUAACGAUGCUUUUAGAAAAUGCCACGAUGUUUAUCCAAAUUGAGGAUGCAAAUAACCAAUGGCCAUAUUCUAUCAAAAAUUAUACCAACGAGGAAUUUUACAUCUAUCAGAAUAAUCCGAAUAUCAAUGCCAAUGGUGAAGUGGUGCGCAAGAAUCGUACUUUUAAGCCAAUCUAUUAUCGAAUCCCACCAAAAAGUGUCAUGCCAUAUGCGUACGAUUUUCCAAACGCUAUAGUCAAAGAAUUGAUUGUUAGAUCACGUGGAAGGGAGAGAGCAGUCAAUUUGUCUGAGAUUGGGAAUUUGCGGCCAUUUAGAUUACCACCUGGUGAUUUUAACGAGCAACAACAACAACAACAACAACAACAACAACAACAACAACAACAACAACAACAACAAGUGGUAGACCUCAGUGUUCGUGCUGAUGGCCCAACCCAGAGUUUGGUCAUAUCGCCGUAUGACCCUUCAAAGAGUUUAUACCGCAUUGCGUCUGGUAAUAACUCACUGCUGUCGUCUUCGUCAUUGGCUAAAAACCAAGGAUUUGAGGCUGUGGAUGUUGAGGACAAUUAUGGAAUUCAAGUUGUCACAAAAUUUGAUGGUGUUGGAAUAUCUUUGAUCAAUACUAACGACAAGGAAUUGAGCUACAUCACUAUCAAGGGUGUUGAGUUCCGCUAUAAUGAGUCCAACAUUUAUCAAAAUUUUAGUGUCAAGCUUAGAUGGAUUCAAAUAGAUAAUCAACUUUAUGGCAGCAUAUUUCCUAUAGUCUUGUACCCAUCUGUUGUGCCAAAGACUGGUAAAGAAUUGAAUGAGCAUCCGGCAUUUUCUGCAUCCAUUUGUAGAGUCAAGGAUGACUCAUAUGGUGUUUUUUACGUCAAGUAUGCGACAAUCUUGCUUCAAGAAUUAACCUUUGACCUAGGUGAAGACUUUUUGUAUGCAUUACUCGACUUUGCAAAAUUCCCUGGUGCUUCUUGGAACAAACUUCCAGUGGACCAAUUGUGCGAUAAUAACCUAGACAUCCCUGAGCCACAAAACCUAAAUAACACAAGUGAUAUCUACUUUGAGGCCUUGCAUUUGCAACCAAUUCAAGCGAAUAUAUCCUUUGUACGAACUGAUUCUGUUGAAGCUGAAGACAAGACUUCGGCUCAGAAUAUAAUCAUGUUCUGUUUCAACGUCUUGACUAUGGCUAUGGGCAAUGUUUCUGAUGCCCCAAUAAAAUUGAAUGCUUUAUUUAUUGAAAAUAUUAGAGUUCCCACUCCAAUUUUGUUGGACUCCAUCCAGACUCAUUACAAACAAGCAUUCUUUUAUCAACUUCAUAAUGUUGUUGGUUCAGCGGACUUUUUGGGUAACCCUGUUGGUUUAUUCAAUUUACUUUCGCUGGGAGUAGUUGAUAUUUUUUAUGAACCAUAUCAAGGUUUCAUUUUGAACGAUAGGCCACAAGAAUUGGGUAUUGGACUUGCCAAAGGAGGAUUGAGCUUUGUUAAGAAAACAGUGUUUGGGGUUUCUGAUUCAUUUUCUAAGAUUACGGGCUCUCUUGCUAAAGGGUUAUCUGUUGCCACAAUGGACUCUAGAUUCCAAGAGCGUAGGAGAAUACAACUCAAGCGUAAUAGAGCAAACUAUUUUGCAGGUGGCGCCAACUCGCUUUUUGAAUCAAUUACUUCUGGAAUUGGUGGUAUAGCAGUGGAUCCAUUGGAAGGAGCUGCUAAAGAUGGUGCAGUUGGUUUUUUUAAAGGAUUAGGCAGAGGUGUCAUUGGAUUACCUACAAAGACCGCAAUCGGUGUAUUUGACUUUGCUUCAAAUUUGAGUGAAGGAAUAAGAAACACCACUACUGUUUUUGAUGGUGAAACUUUAGAUAGGGCAAGGCUUCCAAGGUACAUUAAUACCAAUGGAGCUAUAAAACCGUAUUCCGAAAAAGAAGCACAAGGUCAAUUUUGGUUAUACAGUAUAAAUGGCGGAGAGUUUUACAAUGAGACGUACUUGGCACAUGUUAUUUUACCUGGGGGAGAUAUGGCUGUGAUCACAUCAUACAGAAAAAUUAUUCUAUUUGAUAUCAAGACGCUCGCAUCAAAAUGGGUCAUUAAGUUUGACCAAAUCAAGUCGAUAUCAGUAGAACCAACAGGUCUCACUAUCGACCUCAAGAAUAGGAGAGGACCAUUUAUCCCCAUACCCGAUCGUCAGAAUCGUUCCUUUUUGUAUCAAAAAAUUGGAGUGGCUGUGAAGGAAUAUAACAAGCAUUGUCGAGUGGUGCUAUAG